UGGACUGAUGUGACAAUGGAGGACAUGUUUUCAUACAUGUCCUUGGUUAUUUACAUGGGUGUGGUGAGAUGCUCUGCACAUGUGGAUUAUUGGCGACAGGAUGAACUGUACAGCUUGCCGUUCCCCAGACAGGUGAUGAGCUGCAGGAAGUUCCUCAGGAUCACCAGAGCACUUCACCUCAGCAGCUUGUCGGCAGACGCUGCUAACGAGAAGAAGAGAGGCACAGCAGCCUACGACCGACUCGGCAAAAUAAAACCUCUCUACGAGGAGAUGAGGGAAGCCUGCAAAAGGAACUACCAGCCGAGGCAAGACAUUGGCAUCGAUGAGCGAAUGGUUUCCUCCAAAGCCAGCACUGGACUCCCAGUGAAGAAGGGCUACAGGCUGUUCGUCCUGGUGGACUCAACGAGCGGUUACACGUGGGACUUCUUUGUCUACGAGGGAAAGCUGCAGGGAAAUAGUGGCAAUGGGGUCACUUACGAUACUGUGAUGGAGCUCCUCCACCCACGGCUGCGGGGCUCGGGCUACAAGCUCUUUGUGGACAAUUUUUAUACCAGUCCCGCGCUUUUCCUUGACCUCCUUGAGAUGAAGGUCUGGGCGUGUGGAACCAUCCGCAGGAACAGACUUGGAGUCCCAGAAACCGACGUCAAUGCUCUGGACUCAAAAUCUCCCCUUGGCAGUAUUCGCUGGAUCCGGAGGGACUCUGUCCUCUUUGUCCAGUGGCGAGACACAAAGGACUUCUUCAUGUGCUCGACCAUCCACACGGCCCAUUCGGAGGAGACAGUGCAGAGGAGAGUCCAAGGUGCUGAUGGGCGGCGGGCAGUGAAGGACGUCCCAGUCCCACCAGCGGUGAACGAGUACAACGGGUGCAUGGGUAGAGUGCACUUCUCUGAUGCCCUGAUUGGAUACUACAAGGUCCUCCACAAGACCACCAAGUGGUACAUGAAGUUCUUCUACUAUUUCAUGGACAUGGGGAUAGUGAAUGCCUUCCUCCUCCACAAAGACCUGGCAAAGAGCCGAGGAGACGAACCUCUGAGCCAGAAGGUCUUCAGAGAGACCCUCAUCGAGGAGCUGGCAGAGGCCGGGUCUCCCUCCACAUCCAGAACCCUACCACCUCCGGCUCCAGUCUCAGUACAUCACAAGCCAGUGUAUAUCACUGGGCACAGCACCAAUGGUCGGCUGGCUUGCAGGAAGUGCCACGCAAAGACACCACUGAAGUGCUCCUCCUGCGACGUGCCGUUGUGUUUCCUCCCCAGUCGUGACUGCUACAACGACUGGCACGUUGCCAAAAACCUGUAACAUGUUUAUUUGUGUAAAUGUAAAUAGUUUGCCGUGCUUUCAAUUUACUGUGGGUUUGCCUUGGCGACGAAACACUAAUGUUCCAGAUCGAUAGUAAACCCGUUCUGUCGUCUGAAUCCCAUCAGCAGGAAGUCAAAGUGCUGAACAGGGAGGACGGGGAACUUUCUAUUGGUCUUAACUUUGUCUUUGUCAGGAUGGAUUUUAAACCACUGAGGGGAACUCGGGUCAUCUGACGGACUAGGAGAACUUUAUAUUCAUUUAGUGUAAAUAAGUGUUAUGAGAGAAAAUGUGAUGCUGCACGAACCUUAGUCACAUGUAUGUGGCUACACAGUCUAUGAGCCAAUGAGGGAAAAGGAUUUCAAAUGUUCAUUUGACUGGUUUAUUCAAAUCAUGAAACCAAACAGAUUCUUCACAUUUAG